UGGCCAGUGCUGUGAAAUGCAUUUGUUGUUGUUUUAUAAUCGUUCAGUUUGGUUUUUAUUAAAUUGGCUUUAUUUUAAAUAAAAAUGAUACGCAAAUUGCAUUGCCUACUGCGAUUGCACAGCCCAGUCAACCGAACGGUCUACAGACAGCGAGCACCCACGCUCUUCACAAGAAGCUAUGCAACAACGGACGAUGCCAAUCGAAAUGCAAAUGCAGAUCCCAAGAGCAACAAUAAAAGCAAUAAGAGAGCUGGAACCACCAGCUCCUCAAAGAGCCUGCCCGCCAUACGGAAUCCGUUUGCUGCUGCGCAAGACAAGACGAAGAAUACCUACCUGACGAUGGUGGAAAUCUUUGAAGAGCGAGAUGUGCACCGUCGAAACCAUGUGGAGUUCAUAUAUGCGGCACUGAAGCAUAUGCCCGAUUUUAAUGUGGAACACGAUCUGGAAGUCUAUAAGGCGUUGAUAAAUGUGAUGCCCAAAGGGAAAUUUAUACCGACCAAUUUGUUUCAGGCGGAAUUCAUGCACUAUCCCAAACAGCAGCAAUGUAUAAUUGAUUUGCUCGAGCAGAUGGAGGAUUAUGGCGUUAUGCCCGACUAUGAAAUGGAAGCGAUGCUGCUGAAUGUGUUCGGCAACAAGGGACAUCCGUUGCGCAAGUAUUGGCGCAUGAUGUACUGGAUGCCCAAGUUCAAGAACUUAUCGCCAUGGCCACUGCCCGACCCGGUGCCCGACGAUACGCUAGAGAUAGCUAAGCUGGCCGUGGAGCGCAUGUGUACCGUGGACUUGCGUUCCAAAAUCGAUGUGUUCGAAACGAGGGAAAUAAAGGACUCGCUGGACGACACAUGGAUUGUGAGCGGCAUGAGCCCGGAACAGUCCAAGCUCUUGCGUGAGCAUUCUCGUCAGAAGGCGCUCUACAUUGAGGGUCCCUUUAACAUCUGGAUACGGAAUCGACGCAUCAAUUACUUUACGUUGCGUGCCGAUGCCGAUGCCCAGUUCUUGGCGCAACUGGACGAGCGCCAGGUGGAUGAUGAUGAUGUCACGCAGAUUGGUGUGCCAUUCUUUGGACGCGCACCACCGCGCCGGCACAAUCAGUUGGGUAAACUGCGCUCAGUUCACCAGCAAGAUGAUGGAACAAUUUUCGCCAUCUGUGCCACGGGCACCUCUACGAAAGACUCGCUGCUCUCGUGGAUACGCCUGCUGGAGGCGCGUGGCUAUGCGUCGCUUGGCGAAAUACCCGUCCUCUUUAGAUUCACAUCCAGUGUGCCCGCCAAGGCGGAGGAAAUCGAGGGCCCCGCCAACAUGCCAGCGCAAACCAGUGAUACCGCCAGCAGCCAUAGGGAGGAGCACACUGAGACUGGCAGCAGGCCGUAGUGAAUUAUUUAAAAUAAAUUAAUUGUUGAACCCAGAA